AUUUCAUCUCUUCUCUUCUUUUUCUUCUUUUUUCUUCUAUUUCUUCUACUUCUUCUACUUCUUUUUCUUCCUUCUUUCGGCCUAUCUUCUCCUCUCUUGAUCUGUGUAUUUAUACUUUGUAAAAAAAAAAAAGAAAGUAACAACAACAUGACUGUCGCUACUCCCGCUGUUCAGCCAUCUGGUGCUUCGGCCCUGUUGGCCGCCUAUCUUGCAGAGUUGGCCGCCCAUCCUUUGCGCACCAAGGCCUUGACUUCGGGCACGCUGUCGGGUCUGCAAGAAAUCACGGCCACCAAGCUUUCAGGCAUGCCAAAGUCAAAGAACCCUGAUGACUUUAUUCUCGGCAUUAACAAGCGUGUCAUCCAAAUGACACUCUAUGGUCUCCUGGUCAGUGGCCCUUUGGCUCAUACCUUGUUCGAGUUAGUGACGAAGCGUUUCAUUGGCAAGGAGGGUGCCAAAUGGAAGAUUGCUCAAAUCCUGAGUACUCAGGUUAUCACCUCGCCUAUUCAGAAUGCUACCUACAUUUUGGCAAUGGCUCUUUUUGCGGGUGCUCGAUCAACUGCUCAAAUUAAGGCUGCAUUCAAACAGGGAUAUCUUCCAAUGAUGAAAACCUCAUGGAUGAUCUCACCUCUUUCCAUGGCGUUUGCACAAAAGUUUUUGCCUCCUCACGUUUGGGUCCCCUUCUUCAACUUUGUCGCAUUCACCUUCGGAACUUAUGUUAAUACCACCAUUAAAAAGGCCCGUCUUGCACAGAUGAAGCGUGAGCAGUUGCGCGAUGCCGAGAAAUCACGUCGUGAUGAGCUGUAAUUAUAAUAGUUUUUAAGGAAAGAGAAUUGACAUUGAUUUCAAAUAAACUUAAUCACCGAG